AUGGACGGCGAACGGUUCCCCGACGGCGCAGAGGCGGAUCCCGACGCGCAGGGCGACGCGCCGCCGCCACCGCCAGAUCGCGCUGCCGAUGGAUCUCCGGGACCACAGCCUGCCGCCGAUCCCCCGGCAGGGGGCGGCGGCGAGGGCCGUGACGGCCCCAAGGACGUUUCCGAGCUCUUUGAUCUCGUCAAGGACAGGCCAUGUCGCGUGACAGAGAUCGAGGGGCGAGGUUUCAAGCGGACGCGGCCGCUGCUGGUCACGCGGGAGAUGGAGCGGGUGCGCGAAGCGCGCACGCUGGAGGAGAUCCAGGGCCAUUUGGCGGAGUGCAUGGCCGCGCUGGAGGAUCUGGACCUGUUCGCGUCGGUGGAGGGGGAGCUGCUGGAAGGGGACAAGGACUCCCCGGACACUUGUCGAUUGGUGAUGGAGUUUGAGGAGAAGCCGCCCUGGAAGAUGCACGUGGGCACGUACGUUCAAGGCCAUGAGGGCAGCGUGGAGGCAACCGUUGGCUUGCGCAACCUGCUUGGCAACGCGGAGCACGCGCAGCUGAGCCUGGACUAUAGCAGCCAGAAGAGCAGCGAGUAUGCGUUCCAGCUGUGGAAGCCCCGUUUGGUUGGACUCCCUUGGAAGGGAGAAGUGAAGCUAUUCAAUUGGCUCAGAUCAAACCAGCAGUAUUCUUCUUUUGUGGAGAGGAUAAGAGGGGUCUCAUUUGGAUUGAAGUGUUCAGGUGGACUGCACUCCUUCACCUAUGACCUCGCGUGGCGCCUCCUGUCUGACCCCUCCCGCCUGGCAUCCCCAGCCAUCUGCGAGCAGCUUGGACACAGCCUGAAAUCGUCAUUGGCAUAUGACUUCAACUGGGACAAGCGGGAAUCGUCUGGGAGACCAAAAUCGGGACGUGCCUUCAGAAUGCGAACUGAGCUUGGUGGCUUGGCUCCGGAUUCCAUUGUGGCCAAGUACAUAAGGGAGCAGGUGGACUUGCAAUGGACUUUGCCACUGUUUUCGACAGUUUCUUUUACCUUGGGGCUCAGUGCUGGAAUGUUGCUGCCAGUCGGGCAGGAUUUCCUCCACAGAAAGACUGCAGUGGGUGACAGAUUUUUCUUGGGAGGCGUUGGCUCUCUGAGGGGGUUCGAAGCAAGGGGUGUGGGGCCCACAGAUGCACGACGUCGACGAACAGAGCAGCCCUCCCACGAUGCAGAUCAUGUGGGAGCCCAAGCACGGGACGCACUGGGUGGAGACCUUCUGUGCUCAGCUUCUGCAGCGGUGAAUUUCGACCUCCCCCACAGCAGCCUGCAAUGGCUUGGCGUAUAUGGACACGCAUUCUUCAAUGCUGGCAACACUAUGCUCUUGUGCUGCUCUGGACGGCCACUGAGGUCCUCUUUGCAGGAAUUUGGGGCAUCUUUCCGAUCUUCAGCUGGCGCUGGGCUUGUGUUUCCCACUGUGUUUGGGACCUUUGAGCUGAAUUACGUGGUCCCAUUGACAUUCAGCAACUUUGAUAGGGUCAAGCAUGGCAUGCAAAUGGGUUUUGCUUCCACGCCCUUCCUCAACAUGUAA